CCACCACCACCACCACCACCACCACACCACACCAUCGCAGUUAUUUACCAUUGCCACCAUCACCAUCGGCGACAACGACGGCCACGGACGACGUUUGGUGUCUCUUUUUAACUGUCCCUCAGACUACGUUCACCCUCCGAGUUCCGGCGCAAAAUUUCGAGAUGUUACUUUCGAGCGCCUGGUUCGAAGUGAUUGCAGCGACGCUCUUGGCGAUCUUGAUCCUCGCUUAUCGACCAGCCUGGUGGUUCUGGACUGGAGCAUAUCACAAAAUUAACGCAGUCCCAAACGAAGAGAAACACCAGAGAAAAUUUCUAACGGUGUCUGAUGUGCCUGGACCCUAUUCCCUGCCGAUUUUUGGAACCAGGUGGAUAUUCUCCUGGUUCGGUUCUUAUCGACUGAAUAAGGUUCACGAUGCUUACAAAGAUCUGAAUCAACGAUACGGGCCGCUGUGCAAAGAGGAGGCAUUAUGGAACUUCCCUGUGAUCUCCGUGUUCUCUCGUCGCGACAUCGAGGCGGUCUUCAGACGGAGCUCGAGAUACCCGCUUCGUCCUCCGCAGGAGGUCAUAUCCCACUACCGGCGCAGUCGUCGCGAUCGUUACACGAAUCUGGGUUUGGUCAAUGAACAGGGGCAAGCGUGGCACGAUCUUCGGACCGCACUUACGUCAGAGCUGACCGGGGCCAACACUGUCCUUGGCUUCUUCCCGGCGCUCAACAUCGUCGCAGACUCGUUCAUCGAUUUAAUUCGUCGACGGAGGACGGGAGACAAGGUGGCGGGUUUCGAAGAGUUGGCCUAUAAAAUGGGACUCGAAAGUACGUGCACGCUGAUCUUGGGCCGACACCUCGGUUUCCUAAAGCCAGAUUCCACCAGCACAGUCACGACGAGAUUAGCGGAAGCCGUCCGGAUCCACUUCAGGGCCUCGCGCGAUGCCUUUUACGGCUUGCCGCUUUGGAAGUUGCUGCCAACGUCUGCGUACAAACAGCUGAUAGAGAGCGAGGAUACGGUUUACAGUAUCAUCUCGGACAUCGUCGAGGCCACGAUAAAGGAAAAACGCGACGAUGCUAAAGAUGAGUGCGUGGAAGCUGUCUUUCAAUCCAUUCUGCGGCAAAAGAAUCUGGAUGUACGGGACAAGAAGGCUGCUAUCGUUGAUUUUAUAGCAGCUGGCAUUCACACGCUGGGAAACACUUUGGUGUUUCUGUUCGAUUUGAUCGGGCGCAAUUCAAAGGUGCAAGCCGAUCUGUACGAAGAAGCGUGUUCGUUAGCGCCGCCAGGCUGUGAUCUGACGAUCGAGGAUCUACGGAAAGCCAAGUAUCUGCGUGCCUGCAUCACCGAAUCGUUUCGAGUCAUUCCCACGACAACUUGUGUCGCACGCAUUUUGGAAGAACCCAUUGAGCUAAGCGGAUAUCACCUUACCGCGGGAACCGUGGUUAUUUUGCAUACUUGGAUAGCGGGACUGAACGAGGAGAAUUUUAAAGACGCCGAUAAGUAUAUGCCCGAUAGGUGGCUGAAUCCCGUCACUCCGCAUUCGCCAUUGGUGGUUGCACCCUUCGGGUUCGGAAGAAGGAUAUGCCCUGGCAAGCGUUUCGUGGAGCUCGCUUUGCAGCUUAUCCUGGCAAAGAUCAUACGGGAAUUUGAGAUUAUCGUGGACGAAGACCUUGGUUUGCAAUUCGAAUUCAUCCUCGCGCCGCAGAGUCCGGUGCUCCUUGGAUUCCGUGAUCGUCCUCAGAAAACAUAACACCGAUUGUUCUCGAUACGUUCCGUCGAUCGGAGAUUAAACGCUUAUUUAAUUCCUCGAGACCCUCUCGGAGGUUUCGUUGUUCGAUUGUCCGGUUGUUAUUUUACGUUUGCAUUGUUUGUAUCAUGUUUAAUUCGUUGAAGAGCAGAUUUGUUCGUCCGUUCAAGAUAUUUAUCACAGAUAUAUUCUAGUAUUUAUAUUUAAUUGCUUGCGCGCCUCCGAGGUCGUCUUACUUUGCAUAAAGUUUGCGUAAAAGUGAGACCAUCUAAAAUACGUUAACAACCAGGCGCGUAAGGGAUGACUACGAGUCGUUUGCUCGGCGUUGUCGCGUUUAUAUCGGUUGAAAUCAUAGUUCAUUGACUACCGGCGAAUUACCUUUUUCUCGGG